AAGAUGGCAGCGGACGGACAGUGCUCGCUCCCUGCUUCAUGGCGGCCGGUUACCCUCACCCACGUCGAAUACCCUGCAGGUGAUCUCUCUGGCCACGUCCUUGCCUACCUGAGCCUCAGCCCCAUAUUUGUCAUUGUUGGUUUCGUGACCCUCAUCAUAUUCAAGCGGGAACUGCACACGAUCUCCUUCCUCGGGGGCCUGGCACUGAAUGAGGGGGUCAACUGGCUGAUCAAACACGUCAUCCAGGAGCCUCGGCCCUGUGGAGGCCCCCACGCGGCAGUGGGCACCAAGUACGGGAUGCCUUCCAGUCAUUCCCAGUUUAUGUGGUUUUUCUCCGUCUAUUCCUUCCUUUUUCUAUAUUUAAGAAUGCACCAAACGAACAACGCCAGGUUCCUGGACUUGCUGUGGAGGCACGUGCUCUCCCUGGGUCUCCUCACCGUGGCCUUUCUAGUCUCCUACAGCAGGGUCUACCUGCUGUAUCACACCUGGAGCCAGGUGCUCUAUGGAGGCGUCGCUGGAAGCUUCAUGGCCAUCGCUUGGUUCGCCUUCACCCAGGAGGUCCUCACCCCUCUGUUUCCCAGGAUAGCAUCCUGGCCUAUCUCUGAGUUCUUCCUGAUUCGAGACACAAGCCUCAUUCCCAACGUGCUCUGGUUUGAGUACACAGUAACCCGGGCAGAAGCCAGGAACAGACAACGCAAGCUGGGGACGAAGCUGCAGUGACUGGGACCUCUAAACAUUCCAUGUAACACUGAUGUUUUAGGCUCUACUGAAUUGAGUUAGCCUUCAGGGGUGCACCAGAGCCGCCUGCAGGGAGGUGCCUGUGCCCCCAGCACAGGAGCGCUUUGCUGAGGGCUGUCCUACAGGAAAUGUUGCUGAUUCUUCCAUCAAGGGCCAUGCAGACCUCAGGCCCCAGGUGUGCUCCUGUUCUAUCAAGAUGGAGGAGCCCUCAGUAUCGGGACGUGAGAAUGGCUUCUAGGAGCUGAGAGUGGACCCCAGCCAGUAGCCAGCAAGCCAGUGGCACCUCAGUCCUACAGCUGGGAAGGAUCGAUUCUGCCAACAUCCAGUGAGCUUGGAAGAGGAUCAGAGCCCAAAUGAAAUGGAAGCCACAGCUGACACCUCGAUUUCAGCUACUGAGACCCUGAACAGAGAACCCAGCCAUGCCAUGCCUGCCCUUUGACCUCCUGGAACUGUGGGAUGAUAAGCA